CAAAGGUGUGUGUACACACACACUCUUUAACAUCCAUAAAACCAAAACACUCCCUUCAUUCCUCUCCCCAUUUCUUCACCACAACCUAUUAACAAAACACAACUCUACCAUCACUACAAGCACCACCACUACCACCACCGCGUUGCCACCGCCAUGUCGGUCAAACACUGCGACCACCACGGCGACAAAAAAAAGAAACUAAUCAAAAAAAUACUCAUCGGCUUAGCGAUCUUUAUCGGCAUAGCCCUCCUAGUCUUCCUAAUCACAUGGGCCAUUCUCCAACCCAAAAAACCCAAAUUCAUCCUUCAAGAUGCCACCAUCUACAACUUCAACGUGUCCGCCCCUAUCCUCCUCUCCUCCAACUUCCAAGUCACCAUAAACGCCCGAAACCCGAAUAGCAAAAUCGGCAUCUACUACGACAAACUCAACGUUUUCGCCACAUACCAUAGCCAACAAAUAACCUACUUCACGGUAAUUCAACCCGUGUAUCAAGGCCACAAAGACUUAAACAUAUGGUCACCUUUUGUUUAUGGCACCAACGUCCCGGUCGCGCCUUACAAUGGCGCCGCUUUGAGCCAAGAUCAAUCCAAUGGUGCUAUAGCACUUGUGAUCAAGAUCAAUGGACGUGUGAGAUGGAAAGUUGGUAGCUUUAUUUCCGGUAGGUACCACCUCCACGUCACAUGUCCGGCGUAUAUUCCGUUUGGGAAUAAGAACUCCGGUAUUGCCGGAGUUGUUACCGGCGUUAAGUACCAACUUGCUCAAAAAUGCAGCGUCAGUGUUUAAAUGGAUGAAGUUAACGGACCGGAGUAACAUCUUAAAUGUUUCUCAUUUCUCAAGUCAGUCAACAACGUGCCACUAUUAUUAAGUUUUCUUUUUCUUUUUUUAUAGUUUUUAUUUAUUUUUGUUUUAUGAAUUUUAUGAAUUAUGAUGCAUGAAUACGUGGAUGAAUUUGUAACUUUUGUGGAGAACGCAAAAGGGUCCAAAAAUAAUAGCAAGAAUAUUACAAAUUGGACAUGUUGUACUGCAAAUUAAUGAUUAUGAUAUAUUUUAUUACAUCAAAUUAUUGUGAAA